UUCAAGGGGGAGGUAACCACUUCCGAAAUAAUAUUGGCGAUUAAAAUUUUAUUUUUUCAUCUUAAAAUGCUAUUUAAUUGAUUGAAUAAGCCCACAUUUCGACAUGGCAACGGCAGACUGGAACCCCCUAGGGAACGUGUAUUACAGAAAUGUGGAACUGUAUCAAAUGGAUUGGAAUGGAUUGUUGGAGCUCAAUCAGUAUAUGAUAGCAGCAGCACCUUAUGGAGGACCAAUAGCUUUAAUGAAAGAUGACAAGAAAACAGGCCGAGUAUCAACAAAUGUUAAACCUAUAAUAAAUGUUUAUAAUGCUGCUGGUAAACCACUCAGUCAGUUGAGGUGGAACAGUGGUAAUGUAGUACAUUUAGGAUGGUCUAACACAGAAGAAUUGUUGUGUAUCCAGGAUAAUGGAGUAAUAUUGGUUUAUGACAUUGCUCUAAAUUUUAAACGUACAUUUGGCAUGGGACAGGAGGCAAAGGAAAUGAAGAUAUUAGAUUGGAAGGUAUUCUCUAGUUUCCAGGGUACAGGAAUUGCUGUCAUGACAACCAGUUAUCGGAUAUAUUUAAUCAACAAUGUUGAUGAUCCGAGAGUUAGAAAAUUAGCUGAAGUUCCAGAUCUAAACAGUGCACCAAGUAGUUGGACGAUAUUAAAUCUAGAUCGUCAAUCUCGAGCUCUCGUUGCUAAAGAUGCUCAGCUUUUUCUGGUAGAUCAUGGUGGACAAUAUCAGGAACAGUUUCCAGAGUUAGCCUCUACUGUAACUGCAUUUAUAGAGAUGGCUGUAUCGUUUAAUAAUAAACUACUAGCUAUGUUUACAGAUAAAGGUGUUAUCUGGAUUGGUUCCUCAGAUUUAAAGAAAGUUUACUGUGAAUUUAACACAAAAGCAUCACAAAGACCUCAACAACUAGCAUGGAGUGGUGUUGGUGCUGUUGUGGCAUUAUGGGAUAAAUUAUGUAUUGUAGUCGGACCAGAAAAAGACUGGAUAAAAUAUAAUUUUGAGAGUUUUGUGUAUCUAGUACAAGAAGAGGAUGGAUUAAGAAUUAUAGGAAAUGAACUUCAUCAAUUUUUACAGAAAGUACCAGAUGUAACAGAACAGAUAUUUAAGAUAGGAUCUAUGGAGCCUGGUGCCAUGUUGUAUGAAGCUUCCAAAGAAUUUUCAAGACGCAGUCAAAAAGCAGAUGAAUACAUCAGAAUGAUCAAAGACAAGUUAGACGUAGCUGUAGACCAGUGUAUCCAGGCUGCUGGACAUGAAAUAGAACCUUCUAAACAAAAGGCAUUACUAAGGGCAGCAUCAUUUGGAAAAUGUUUUUUGACAGAUUAUCGUCCAGAGGCAUUUGUUGAUAUGUGUCAGAUGUUACGGGUAUUAAAUCAAGUUCGACAAUUCAGUGUUGGUAUUCCUCUUACAUAUACACAAUUAAAUCACCUAUCAGUACCAGUAUUAAUUGAUCGUUUAGUGUUACGUAAAUUAUUUUGUCUAGCCAUCAGAAUCUGUCAUUAUCUUAAAAUACCUGAUGCUGAGGGUGCUAGUCGUAUAUUGGCACAUUGGGCCUGUUAUAAGGUUCAACAGAAACAUGAAGAUGAAGAACAGCUAGCCAGAUCCAUAUCACAGAAAUUAUUAGAUGCUCCAGGUGUUUCAUUCUCCGAAAUUGCUAGUCAAGCUUUAGAACAAGGCCGUAAACAACUUGCCAUUAAGCUAUUAGAUUAUGAACCAAAGGCCUCAGAACAAGUACCAUUAUUAUUAAAGAUGGAUCAGAAUAAUACAGCUCUUAGUAAAGCUGUUGAUAGUGGUGAUACAGAUUUAGUUUAUACUGUUUUAUUAACAAUGAAAGAUAAAAUAUCCAAUAUGGGAGAAUUUUUUAUGGCAAUACGACAAAUGCCUAUAGCUUAUUCACUUUAUAUACAGUAUUGUCGUCAACAGAAUCCUAAACUAGUAGAAGAUUUAUAUUAUCAAGAAGAUAAUUUUUUAGCAGAAGGAAAUUGUAAAGUUGUAUCAAGUUACAGUGAAGAGAUGUUUGAAGAUAGAAUAAGGAAACUAGAAGCAGCCAUCACAUGUUACCAAAAAGCAAAAAUGGAAUUUGCUAGUAAGCAAACUGAAGAUCAAAUAAAGUUAUUAAAAAUCCAACGUAAACUAGAAGAUGAGUCGAAUAAGACAUAUAUAGAUAUGAGUUUACAUGAUACAAUGUAUAAAUUAACACAAAAUGGUAACCACAAGAUGACAGAACAACUGCGUAAAGAUUUUAAAGUGCCUGAUAAAAGAUUUUGGUUGUUAAGAAUGGAAGCUUUAGCUGAAUCUAGCGAUUGGACGGAACUUGAACGAUUCUCGAAAUCUAAAAAACCACCUGUCGGAAUGGAGGCAUUUGUUGAUGUUUGUAUGAAAUACUAUAAUCGUACAGAAGCCAUGAAAUAUGUUAAUAGAGUUACACCUGAUCAAAAAGUUAAAUGUCUUGUUAAAGUUGGAAAUUUAAAAGAAGCAGCGGAUUCAGCCCUGGAAUCACGGAAUGAAGAUUCUUUAAACAUUGUCUUAAGUAAAGCAAUCCAAUCAAAUAAUAAACAACUGAUAGAGACUAUUAGAGAUUAUAAAAUUAGGUUAAACACUAAAAAAUAACCAAAGUUGGGAGGAAGACAUUUAAACAAAUAUUUUGUAUGAAGACAGAUUUGUUGCUUUCAAUGUUCCAAUCAACUCAUCAUUUCUGGGUACAGAACACUCCAAAUACUCGGGAUAUUUAACAAACAAGAUAAAGAUAGACACUUUAUUUAGCCUGUCAGAUUAUGUCACACCUGUUGACACAUUUUCUCCCAGACCACAUGAUGGAAAACAAUCAAAUUUGGUUGCCUGCAUGGGGAAUAUUUAAUGUUCAAAUGAAGUUGAUCCAUAGAGGAAAAUAUGGACAUUUUCUUAUUAGGACUAAAACAUUAUUUUGCAGGAAUGUUGGCUUUUAGGUAUCUAUGCAAAUUUGCUUAGCAACAAGAACAGGCUGGUAUAGACAUGUUGUUAUAGACAGAGAAAUUAUUAAUAUAUUGAUAGCCUAACUAAACCCAUGGGUUCUUGUUUUUGUGAUCUUCAGAUGAAGUAUCUGAUCAUGCAAUGAUUUCAAGUGAUUGUUUUGUUAUGUUUUUGUUAUUGUAAUGCAUAUAUUGUUAAUUUGAAGAUGAUUCCAAAACAUGUAUUGUAAAUAAUUUAUCACCAAAUAGCCAUAUGUAAAUUAUGAACACAUUGAAAAUUAGAUUUCAAGUCUGCUUUUGAUUUUUAAAGAACAAUUGCAGUAAAGUAUUAUAGCCAAAUAAUGAUAAAAGUAGGUUGUAUAAGAAGCGUAGAACAAUCUAUGGGGGUUAUAAAUGGAGGGCGCCUUCUAAUACAAAUGUAUCUGGGUCAAGACCGCUCAUUUAGAACAUCAUUUCUCUUUGGUAUGAUUAAUUGGCUGUGGCCCUGGUUUCACAAAACAUUCUCAGGCUUAAGCUAAGAAUUUAUUUAAAAUCGUUUGACUUAUUUUAACUAAAAUAUAGCCCUUUAUAAAACUUUUGUUGUUUUAAUGUACAUCAAUAAGAACCUAAGUGCAACUAUUUAUGUUUUUGGAUCAAAGAUAUUUCUCAUAAACAGUGAUUGAAAGUUAAGUAAAUUCUUAUCAUAAAUCAGAGAAUGCUUUGAGAAGCUGGGGCCUGAGUUGCAACGGUGUGAUAUAGAUCAGUGUAAUAGCAUUGAUAGGACUUAUAGAUCAUUGUAAUAGCAUUGAUAGGACUUAUAAACUGCUAUUGUAACAAUAAUGUAUGGACUUAAAGCUGACUUAUAUAGACUGUUAUUAUACUAAGAUGAUGCUCAAAAAAUACAUUAGGUCAUGAUAAUGGGCUUAAUUAGAUCACUGAGUUUGGUGUCUGUCGAGAGACUACAAUAUUUUUGAAAUCCCUCUUAUCCAUGUAAUAGUAAGAUCCUAGUUUAUUGAUGAUAUUCAAGUCUAGAUGUAGUUUUGAAAGCUUUUUGUAUAUUGUGCAAUAAAUAUAACUGUAUUUAAAUUGUUUGUAAAUAAAAAGUUUCAAUGAUAUAUUUAAUAAUAAAAAAUUAUUUCAUAA